AGCACAUUUAGUGAAUUUCCUGUCAGUUGAAAGAAUUUGCCUGUGGAAAAACUACAUCUGUUUUUAUAAUUAAAACUCUUUGUUCAUUGAUUGGAGUUGUUAAUUUCCACCAUGGACAAGGAGCAUCUAUCCGAAAGUCUUUCAAUUUGGGUGCGAACAUUUAAUAUAGAUGUCCCCAACACUGACCUGACAGAUGGAGUGCUCAUGUCACAUGUUUUACAUCAAAUAGCCCCAGCAUUUUUCAGUGAGACAUGGAUGUCAAAGAUCAAAACUGAUGUAGAAAGUAAUUGGAGAUUGAAGGUCAGUAAUCUCAAGAAAAUACUCAAAGGAAUACUGGAAUACUAUGCAGAGGUGCUAGGGCAGCAGAUCACAGACUUCCACAUGCCAGAUGUCAAUGCAAUAGGUGAGCGAGCAGAUGAGAAGGAACUUGGUCGGCUAUUACAGCUGAUCCUAGGCUGUGCUGUCAACUGUGAGGAGAAGCAGGAAUACAUCCAGAGAAUUAUGGGCAUGGAGGAGUCAGUACAGCAUGUGGUCAUGAAUGCUAUUCAGGAGCUAAUGCAGAAAGAGACACCUGCCAGCCAAGGAGAAGCUUACUCAGAGAUAGCAGAACAAUUAAAAAAAUCCGUUGAAGAGUUAAACAGCGUUAUGGAGGCUAAGGAAGAAAUGGCUCAAAGGUGCCAUGAGCUAGACCUUCAGGUGGCAGCACUGCAAGAAGAAAAGUCCAGCAUCAUUGCUGAAAAUGAGAGAUUACUUGACAAGCUCAACAGAGGAGAAAACCUGGAAGAUCCAAGCUCCUUGUGGAAGUUAGACACCAGCACCCCAGCUGGGAGAAGGUUCCAGAAUCUUCAGAACCAGGUAGAACAACUUCAGGAGGAACUGUUCAGAGCAGAAACAGUGAGAGAUGACCACAAGAUUAAAAUUGAGCUGUUGGAGAAAGAGCUGCAAGACCAAAAACAGAAGAAUGAUGAGUUGAGUUCUUUAGCAGAAGAAGCCAGGACACUGAAGGAUGAGCUAGAUGUUCUCAGGCACACUUCUGAUAAAGUGAUCAGAUAUGAAACAACUAUAGAAUCAUACAAGAAAAAACUAGAGGAGAUGAGUGACCUGAGAAGACAGGUCAAGAUGCUGGAGGAAAAGAACACGAGCAAUGUUCAGAUGUCUUUAGAUCUGGAAGAGGAGGUGAGAAAGAGCACUAGUUUGAAGACCCAGUUGGAUGCUUAUAAGAGGCAGGUCCAGGAGUUGCAGAUCAAGAGCUCAGAAGAAACAAAGAGGGCAGACAAAGCAGAAUUUGAGGCCAAAAGAACUCAAGAAAAGAUGGCGUCAUUACAGAGAGAAAAAGAAAGGCUAGUCACAGAGAGAGAUUCUCUGAGAGAAACAAAUGAAGAGCUGAGCUUAACAAAUGUAUUACAUACAGGUGAGGAGUUUUCAGGCAGUCCAUCAGACCGUUCCACAUCACCGGGCAGCUUAGAUAUGCUGAGUGUACCUCCUGAGAUUAAAGAAAAAUUGAUUCGUUUACAACAUGAAAACAAGAUGUUGAAACUGUCCAAAGAGGGCAGUGAGGAUGAGAAUGCCCAGCUGGUCACCUCAAUGCUGGAAGACACCAAAGCUAGAAACAAUGAACUGGAAACAGAAAACAGACUAGCAAACCAGAGGAUUUUAGAGCUUGAAGCCCAGAUUGAGGAUCUCAGAGAAAAUGCAGCCAGUUCUGCCAGCAGUAAAGAGGACAAUACCACAGAAUACAAGAAAAGACUUAAUGAACAAAUCCAAAAGAAUAAAGAACUUGAGCAGGAAGUUCAAAAGAAACGCCUGCAUUUAGAUGAACUUGAGCCACGCGUUGCAUCCAGUAAUGAGAAGAUUCAGCAGUUGCAAGAUGCCCUUAAUAAAAAAGAGGAUGAUAUGAGACACAUGGAAGAAAGAUAUAAAAAAUAUCUGGAUAAGGCCAAAAGUGUUAUUCGGGCCUUGGAUCCAAAACAAAAUCAGGGAACAUCUGCAGAGGUGCAAGCUUUGAAAAAUCAACUACAAGAGAAGGAACGAAUAAUAGAACAUCUAGAAAAAGAUCAAGAGCGUUCUAAGGCUGUGAAAGAGCAAGAAGAAAAGUUGAUAGUAACAGCUUGGUAUAAUUUGGGAAUGAAGCUCCACAGAAAGGCAGCAGAAGAGAGGUUAACUAAUUUCGGCACAGGACAGUCUUUCCUUGCAAGGCAGAGACAAGCACAUUCAAGACGUACCCAAUCCCUUGCUUCAACACAUCCCAAUGCAUCCAGGUGAAUGUUAUACAUUACACAGACAAUACUGCUGAAGAUUAAAAUCUUUCAUCUGUUGAAAGCCUCCUUUUCUUUUUUAUCAGGAUACAAAAUAACAUGUCCAGUUGAUAUUGUGUCCAAAUAUGUGAAGUAAAUGAUCUCCGACUAAGGCUUAAAACUGUGUCCAUCAGGCUUUAUAUUUUGAUUGUUCUCCACUUUGAUACCCUCAGUAUGUCUUGAAAGCAAGAUAUUUUUCUGAUGGUAAACAGAAAAUACAUGUGUAUUGUCUGAAAUCUAAAAUUUUGUUCGAAGUAUUUGACCUAUUGAUAA